AUGCCUCCCAAAAAAUCAUCUUCCACCAAAAAGUGCGCUAACCCGCGGAUGGAAACUCCUGUCAUCGACUUCGUGAUGCGUACCCGCAGUGGUGCGCCUAUCAACCAACGCAUGCUUCAGACUAAAACACUACCACCCGCCAAAAAAAUCAAACCUACCCCCUUGCCGAGGGGGAACUCGUUCAUGAGCUUCAACGACUACAGCGCCAUCCUUGCCCGGCACGCGAAAUCCUCCGUUGCUACCACAGAGCUGCACACUGACACUGAGUCUGAUACCCAAGACCACCCGAAGACUGAUGACCUUGUCACGGACGAUGAGGACAACAGUGAAGGACAAGCGGAUGCUCACAAGGGCGAUCCCAAAAUUCAUGAAUCCUUACCCCCCUCUGAUACUCCAGAGGAUGAAAAUUCUUCCUUGGAUGGCGCCCCUUCCUCGGAGAACAACUACCCGUACCGAAAUCGAGAAGCGAGGAGACGGGCUGAACACCGUGCAAUGCUUGCUCAGCGUGAUCCUUCCUCUUCGGAAGAGGAGUCUGACGAAGAUGAUGAUGAAUACAAAGAAGAUCAAGAAGCCGACAAAGAAAAAGAAGAAGGCGACGACAACGACGACAACGACUUACCUGCGCCUCCAUCAAAGACGAAAUUGCCCCAGAAGCGCGCACCUCCAAAAGCUCUCCCCCCAAAAUCCACAGUAACAGGGACUCCCCCAUCCACCCAGGUACUCCAGGCUGCCAUGCAUGUGAUGACGAAGUCGGUCGAGAAGAGUCCCGUCUCCAGUGCUCUGCCAAAAAGCUCCAUGGCAAUGGAGACUGAUGACGACGACAAUGACCUUCCCGUCACUUCUAGACCUGGGCGGCUGUGCCAGGAAGGCAUAGACGACGCGCAGGAGCUCAGGCGCAAGACACUUCACGCUGCCAAGUUAAUUGGUGACAAAUAUGGAAAAUCUGCACGCACAAUACUCAUCGAGGCCGGGUUGUCUGUGAAACACUCCAGGGCCGAGACCCCAUGGAAUAUGCACCAAGGAUGGUACAAAGGAAAAUAUCCUCGAGAAACCGAUGAAGAACUUAGUGAUUGGAGAAAGAGACAGCGCGACCACUACUACAGCCUUGAAGACAGCGACCCGCUGUGGGAUGACAUACAAGCGCACUAUGAUGGUCACUUGGGCGGUGCUAGUAACAAUCGAUCGCGUGCCAGUAUUGUUAUGUCUACAAGGGACGCACUCGCUAAGCGUUUUGCAGCUUAUUCUCGCCUAGAAGGCAUUGAGGUCAUUGGCUGUGUCUUUGAUUCGACUCCUGAUGAGGCGGCCCGACAGGCCUCGGGUUUUGUCGCAGGCUCAUCCACCUUCAUGGAUGUCAUCAAUGAAUGCCAAGUGGACGCCCAACUUGCGUUAGAUUGGAUUAUUACUGCAGCAAAGGCAAAAAACUACCAGCUCGCAAUGCCGCGGUUUGGGGGGGCAUAUGAUAUUUUGUUUUCGAAGCCUGGUGAAGCCCCACGGGACCGUUACCGACGUACAGUGGCUCAAAAAACUGUCCGCAUGUUUUGA